AUUUAAUCAAAAAUAUAUACCGUGUAGUAAUGUGACUUAACAUAGACACAGGAAAUAAAGAACGUGACCCCAGAGCCCGGUAAUAAUUUUCACGAAUUUUAUGUCAUUAUGCCGACGGAAAGCCACUCCCCUUUAAGACAUCAUCAUCAUCAUCACCACAUCAGUUCGCCGCCGCUGCUGCUGCUGCUCCUCUAGGAGAAGAAAGCGAGCGAGGGAUUCACAGUUUAGCCGCUACAUUCUCCCUACCAACAUCCUAAAGCUUGAAGGCGGAAAUCCCGUUCGGCAGCCAGAAAAAAAAAGACAGAUUAAUCUGGUUGACAUACAGAUUCUUUUUUUUAAUUGUCACGUGGGAGAAAAGAAACAAACGAAUUUAUCAUGAAGAGAUUAACGGGGAAGACGAAAGAAGCCACUUUGAUAGAAAUGUCCAACACGCUGGAUUCUCAGAUUGAAGAUGGCUGUGCCGUUCUGACAGGCUACCGGAGGACCUUUCAGGCAGGUAAUAAUGGCAGCAUUAACUCCAUCUCUGACCGAGGGACACAGCUGCCUGGUCACCGGGAGAUAGAUAAGCUUGGACAGAACAGGGACUCUGUGUACUUCAGGGAUGGUGUACGGCGCAUCGAUUUUGUCCUGUCCUACGUUGAUGACAAGGAUGGAGACAAGAAAGCGGAGAGAAGAAGAGAGUUUGAAGCUAACCUGGAGAAGGCUGGUCUUGAGCUGGAGACUGAAGAUAAAUCAGAGUCAGAUGACCGUAAGACGUAUUAUCUGAAGAUUCACGCUCCGUGGGAAGUGUUGGCCACCUAUGCUGAUGUGCUAAAGAUCAAAGUGCCCUUUAAAGCGAGCGAUAUUCCCAAAGCUCGAGAAGUUCCUCUGGAGUGGCUCACUCACCCUUUCCGGCUGCCAGACAACAUCAUGAGGCCAGAGCCGGACUACUUCACUGCACCUUUUGACAAGAGCAAGGUUGACUUCUUCCUCAUUGAUGAUAAGGACACAUUUUUUCCUCCCUCCACUCGCAACAGGAUCGUGUACUACAUCCUAACCCGCUGCCCUUACUACAAGGAAGACCGUAAAGAGAAAGAUAAGACGGGAAUUAACCGACUGCUGAACAAUGGCACCUACACUUCAGCAUAUCCCCUUCAUGAUUGCAAGUAUUGGAAGAAGGCACAAGACAUGCAGUGUGAGAGUGAGAGGUAUCAUCUGUACAGAUACUGGGCUCGAUUCCUCUGCUUCUACAAAGAGCAACCGCUCAAUCUGAUCAAGAAGUACUAUGGUGAGAAGAUUGGUAUCUACUUUGCCUGGCUGGGCUUUUACACAGAAAUGCUGUUUUUUGCUGCAGUCAUGGGAGUGAUCUGUUUUGUUUAUGGUGUGCUUAGUUACGAAGACAACAUCACAAGUAAGGAGAUCUGUGACCCACAAAUCGGUGGGGGGAUUGUCAUGUGUCCACUCUGUGAUAAAAAGUGCAGCUACUGGAAACUCAACUCAACGUGUCUGUCCUCCUGGCAAUCCCAUCUAUUUGAUAACGAGGGGACUGUGUUCUUUGCCAUUUUCAUGGGUAUUUGGGUGACCCUGUUCCUAGAGUUCUGGAAGCGGCGGCAGGCCCGUCUGGAGUAUGAGUGGGACCUUGUGGACUUUGAGGAGGAACAGCAGCAGCUACAGAUCAGGCCAGAGUAUGAGUUGAAAUGCACAGGCCGCAGACUCAACCGCAUCACGCAGGAAAUGGAGCCUUAUCUUCCUUUCCCCAGCAAGUGUGCCCGAUUCUGUCUGUCUGGAGCAACGGUUCUCUUUUGGACGUGUCUGAUAGUGGCCUGUAUAAUGGGAGUAAUCGCUUAUAGAUUGGCGGUUUAUGCAGCGUUCGCCAGCGUCAUGAAGGACAGUCCCACCAGUAAGAUCCAGCUGGUGGGAUCUCUCAUCACCCCUCAACUUGCCACCUCUGUCACCGCUUCCUGCAUCAACUUUGUCAUUAUCCUCAUCCUCAACUUCCUCUAUGAGCAUGUGGCCAUUUGGAUCACUGAUAUGGAGAUCCCCAAGACCCAUCUGGAGUAUGAGAACAAGCUGACCAUGAAGAUGUUUAUGUUCCAGUUUGUGAACUACUACUCUUCCUGUUUCUAUGUGGCCUUCUUUAAAGGGAAGUUUGUGGGUUAUCCGGGAAACUACACUUAUAUGUUUGGAAAGUGGAGCAAGCUGAGAAAUGAAGAAUGUGCCCCUGGGGGCUGUCUGAUUGAGCUAACCACACAGCUGCUUAUCGUCAUGGCUGGAAAACAAAUGGUUGGGAACGUCCAAGAGGCUCUGCUGCCACUUCUCAGAAACUGGUGGGGCAGCAGGAAGGGGCGAAGUCAUCCAGAAAGUGCAUACAGUAGAUGGGAGCAGGACCACGAUCUACAGAACUUCAGCCAGUUUGGACUCUUCUAUGAGUAUCUGGAGAUGGUGAUCCAGUUUGGCUUCAUAACACUAUUCGUAGCCUCUUUUCCACUGGCCCCUCUACUCGCCCUCUUCAACAACAUCCUGGAGGUGCGAGUCGAUGCUUGGAAGUUUACUACACAGUUCAGAAGGCCAGUGGCAGCGAAGGCUCGCAACAUUGGAGCGUGGGAAGAGAUCCUUAAUGUGGUGGCCAUCUUGUCCGUGGUCACAAAUGCUUUCAUCAUGGCAUUCACCUCAGAUAUGAUUCCUCGCCUGGUCUAUCUGUACGCCUACCACCCAGGCAGCGAAGCCACUAUGAGAGGUUACAUCACCAACAGCCUCUCCUUUUACAACAUCUCUCAGAUCCCUGAAUCUAACCUACCUGAAGCUGGAGAAAACCCCUCAUGGUUUAACAGCUCUACCAUCACAACAUGCAGUUAUCGGGACUACAGAUACCCACCUGGGCAUGAGAAGCAGUACACACACAACAUGCAGUUCUGGCACAUCUUGGCUGCUAAACUAGCCUUCAUCAUCAUCAUGGAACACGUUGUGUUUGUGGUGAAAUUCUUCGUGGCGUGGCUGAUUCCAGAUGUGCCAACAGAAGUAAAGGCCCGUAUAAAGCGUGAACGCUUUCUGGUUCAGGAAUACCUGCACAAUUACGAAGUGGAGAAACUCAAGAUGCAGCUGAGCCAGAGUUUCUGCCUGUCCACAGAAACAGCCUCACUGCUGCCCUCUAGUCCAAGUAAACACCAGGUGCUUUCUGAAUGUAUUUGAAUAUCCCUGAACCCUCAGGACUACUCACAUGUACUAUACACCACAAAGCAUGGAGAAAUCGAAUCUUCGGGAAACCUUCAUACAUUUAUUGCAAAGAACUGCCUGCCCACAUCCAAGCAACUGCCAGAACUUUUAUAAAGACCUACACGCCUAACAGUCUCUUUUCUGCUUGAGGUUUGUGGGAAAACAUUACCGCUUUCCUCUGUGUUUUUCUCUAAUGUCUGGAGUGCACUUACAUAACUGCACUUUUACAAAGAAGAAAGGCUUGGAGACAGA